AUGGGGAGCACAAGUGAAGACGAGUAUACGAUCGAGCCGAGAGAUCGAGAGAUAAGUGGCAAACAUCCUGGAAAGACGAUCGAGUUGAUCAACCGAUCGUUGCAGCGCUUCGACUGGCCAGACUAUGUAUCGUUUGUGAUGAUGCUGUUUGUCUGCAUUAUUGUAGGGAUCUUCUUUGGCUACAAGGAUCAUCAGAAGAACAAACAUAAGAAACUGCAGCAGAGUGAGAGAGAUUCGCAAGUGCUAGACUAUUUGGUCGGUGGUCGGAAGAUGCAGGUGUUUCCGGUGACUAUGUCUCUAGUUGCGGGUGGUUUCUCCGCAGUCACUCUGCUAGGAACAACUACCGAGAUCUACGUUUACGGUACGCAGUAUUGCUAUAUCGGGAUCGCGAUGAUCAUAAUGGCGUUCGUUAUGCACCAUGUGUUUUUGCCAGUUUUUCACGAGUUGCAGGUCACAUCGGUCUACGAGUAUCUACAACUACGCUUCGAUCGCCGUAUGAGACUCUUUGGGUCUAUUCUUUCUACCUUUGGAGAUAUUCUUUGGAUGCCUAUUUGUAUAUACGCUCCAUCUUUGGCAUUCAAUCAGGUUACUGGAAUAAGCUUAUACAUCAUAAGUCCAAUUGUUAUCAUGAUUUGUGUGUUCUACACCAGUCUGGGUGGUCUUAAGGCGGUCAUUUGGACGGAUGUGAUUCAAACGGGAGUAGCCUUGGCAGCUCUGUUGGCAGUUUUGAUCAAAGGAACGUACGACGUCGGUGGACCGCGAAUAGUGAUCGAGCGGAACAUUGCAGGCGGGCGACUCGAAGCACCAAGCUUCGACCCAGACCCAACACUACGCCACACUAUGUGGACGAUAUUGAUUGGUGCACCGCUGUUCUACCUUAACUUUAUUUCCACUGUUCAAGACAGUAUCCAGCGGUUUCUAUCCCUUCCAACGCUUCGAGAUGCGCGAAAAGCUAUUCAUGGCUAUGUCGCCGGUUGGUUCGUGGUGAACGGGAUGCUGUUCCUUAUCGGGAUGGUUAUCUACGCUACGUACUAUCGGUGCGAUCCACUCACAACACAGUUGGCCAAAUCGAAGGAUCAACUACUGCCUCUGUUUGUGAUGGAAACCUUCGCCGAUCAACCCGGUCUGACGGGAAUUUUCAUAGCAGGAAUCUUCAGUGCAGCCCUCAGCUCACUUUCGUCCGCAUUGAACGCUCUGUCUGCGAUCACCCUUGAGGAUUUCUGCAAGCCGUUCCGCAAGACACCGCUGACGAAAACACAGGUUAACUACAUAAUGCGAGGUGUGGUAUUGGCACAUGGUGUCCUAUCGGUGCUUCUUUCGUUGACGGUGGAACAUAUGGGCACCGUGAUGCAGCUUGCAAUGACUAUGGCCUCCGCUACCGGAGCGCCACUCUUUGGUGUAUUCGUGAUGGGCAUACUUAUGCCGUGGGUUGAUGGAACGGGUGCCCUGUAUGGAGGCAUUAUGGGGAUAGUGGUCAUGUUUUACACAUGCUACAUGGCACAGUAUGGUAUCGCAUCUGGUAGCAUGAAGUUUGAAACCAAACCAACUUCGGUGGACGAUUGCCCAUACGAGUUUGCCUACAACACCACUGCAGGCAACAUGGAAGAAACUUUAGAACAUGUGGGAAAAUCGUUCUACCACAUGUCCUAUUUGUAUUUUACCCUGUUCGGAACUGUUGUUACUUGUGUGGCUGGAACGUUGAUUAGCUAUUUUAACAAAUUGCGCGAGGGACGUGAUCGACAGGAACGAACUAUCGAUCCGAAGCUUUUGGCACCAUGGAUACGAGGUAGGCAGAAAGAAGAAACGGUGGUGGCUUUCCAUUCAGUACCGACAGAUUCAAAACGGGCAGAUAAUAACGAAAAUGACACGCAGUAG